AUGGGUUGCGUCCAGAGUCAAGCUGAGCCGGCUGCGGCCACGGGCGGCGCUGCCAUCCCGGACAAACAGAGAAGACGUCUCUCAGUGCUCAAAGGGGCAGACGGAAACGAGGAAGUCGCAUCAAAAGCACAGCAGCAACAAUGUGCGAAUAAGGUAUUUCUAUUUUGAAGAUUGUUCUAUGUUUUAGUACUUAUUCAUAAUGAGUUUUCUUGGAAGUAGAAGGAUGUGGAUGAUCUACUAGAUUGCAAUGAGCUUUCGAAGUGAGAGUGCGCAUAUUCGUUCCAUCAACAAGAUUCAUCAAGCUGUGAACUCCCAUUCCGAUUCCUAGUUGUAUUCUGUGUUCACAACUGCUCACUUCGAGUUCGAUUAUUCGAAAACUCAAAAUAACCGAGUUACUGACUGUCAGUGACUGAAAUAAGGGAGGUAGCUUAACAUCAAGGCUACUCUUCCUUUUCAUCAGUAUCUCGCUUACUUAUUCUGAUCAGUUACUUGCUUAUGUCAGUUCUUCGAUUACAUAAUUGAUUCCUGAUCUCAAACAAACUCAAAAAAUCUCUUUCCAGUUCGAGACGCUGCUCGAAUUACUUCCUGCUGGUGAACGACGGUUUUCUUUUGCCGGUCUACAAGCUACAGGACCACAAAAUGGGUUUGAGAACAAGAUCCAGAGUGUGGCUUCCAACUAUGCAGGAUCUCAGGUGAAUUCAACUGAAUUCGGAAUCGGCUUCGCGUGCAAAAAGGGCUUGAAACCCGAGUCACCGAAUCAGGAUGAUUUCUUCUUGUUUCAGGUACAUGAUUAUUGUUUCUAUUCAUACUAUCGCUUAUUCACCAAGCGAUAGUAUGAAGGCACAGAAGAUUGAUUGUUUCGUCGGUCGAUGAAUCUCUAGUAGUCAGCCUUGAUCUUCAAGUUGAGAAGUAGCAAAUGCUGCUUAUCUAUGUAUACUCUCUCCUAGUUUAUUUCCCAAUAUGAUUUACCAAAGGUCGACAACAGUUGCGGGAUAUAUGGGGUUUUUGAUGGACAUGGGCCAUUUGGUCACGAGGUCAGCCAUUUCGUUCACCAACUACUACCUGCGGUUUUGCUGAGGUCAGAGUCUCUGAAAAGUGACCCCAAGGAAGCGAUUUCAAAGGCUUUUGUGAAAACACACCAACAAGCAGCUAAGGCGAAUGAGAGAAAAGUAGAAGGCAAAUUUUUAGUAGAGCUCAUUUUUGAGCAGAAACUCGGAUUAGCAUUAUUAAUCGUACAGAAUUGGCAUUAGGUUGAAGAAGCAACAUAGUACUUGAUGUAUGAAGAUUGAAGAAACAGAAUAGAAAUAUUUUUAACUUCAUUUUUAACAAGCAGAGAUACUUACACGUCGAAGUAGAUGAACUGCGUCUUUAGUUUUUAAUUCUUGAGUUUAACAUCGCUGUUUCUCCUUACCAACCUCUACUCAGGUGAUGGACUGCAGUCUAUCAGGAACAACGGGGACCGUGGCGUUUUUACAGGAGAGUGAGGGCCUUCUGCAUGUCGGUCAUGUGGGAGAUUCACGUGGCGUGAUCGCUGUCAAAGAAGGAGGCGCAAACAAAGCCGUCUCAUUGACUCUGGACCACAAGCCUAGUCUGCCCGCGGAGAGAGCACGCAUCGAAAAGAAUGGAGGACAGGUACUGCGAAGAUGCUGGUGUAAGAUUUAGUACACCUCCACUAGGUCAAACUCUGUGUUUGUGUCAGUGUCUACCUACAACCUUGAAUAUUGAAGGUUUUUUAUUGUCCUCGUCCACUGAAUGUCAGGUGCUGGAGCAAGAGGUACAACUAAAUCUAAUAGCUCUAAACAUCACGACCCAACAUCUAUCACGUAAAGAAUUGAAAUCAAAAACUAAAUAUACUUACACACCUCCACGACCUCCAUCUCCUCGCUUCCCAGGUCCGUUGUCUGAGCGGGGAUGUGAACGAGCGAGUUUUCCUCAAAAACAAGCUCUAUCCAGGAUUGGCUAUGAGUCGAAGUAUCGGAGACUUGGUGGGCGCUUCUGCAGGAGUGACAGCUGAACCGGAACUUUCAACAUUAAGGGUUUCCGAAUUACAUUCUUCACUAGCAUAAUUCUAACCCUAAGCCCUUUAGUUUCCGAAUUACCUCCCUGCUCACGAACCAUAGGAUCCUUGGCUCCUUUUCAAGGGGAAAUAAAGGGGCCAAGGAUAUUCUGAAGAAUCCAAAAGUUCGGCCACCUCUAACAAAAGUGCAAUUGACACCGGCGCAUCAGUUCUUUUUGCUAUGCUCAGACGGCGUCUGGGAAUUCAUAUCGAAUCAGGAGGUACUACUACUAGUAGGUGGACUUUCUUCCUCACAUAUACUUUAGAGCUGGUGCUUAAAUAGUUGUAGAUUCUUGGGUCGUUGUUUAGCUUGUUGAACGAGGACACAUACACCUUCCAUCAUCACAGCUUGUAAUUUAAAUGCACAGGAGAGAAGAUCAAGAUUUCUUUUAAAAUCAGGCCGUCGAUAUUGUUUCUGCUUAUUCACCAAGCGAUAGUAUGAAGGCUGCGGAGGCGUUGGCCCAAGAGGCCUGGAAGAGGUGGAUCACAGAAGAGAACAAUGUCGUAGACGAUAUCACCAUCCUUCUGAUACACCUGGAACCAUCGAGAAAUGCGGGAGGUAAAUAGAAGUGAGUAAGUAAAAAAGAGAGGUGUUGGUGUGCUGGGUGUCGAGGAAUGAGGAAUGGGGGGAGGUAAGAAAUCAAUGUGUUACAGGUAGGAAGUGGAAAGGGGUAGGAAGAAGAUCACGAGUACACGCUGCUCGUGUGGGGACGAAGUUGAAAAAUGUGGGCGUUGUUCUCUCAUGUUUAUGGAUUCACCUAGUUGUAAAAUCAUUAUCAGUUUUUGCUGUUGUUGAGUCACACCAAGUAUUUUUCAGGUUGUGCAGUGGUUUUUCCGAGUUUCGAAAGGUUAGAAGAUAAAGGUCGUCGUACUCGUUUCUAGAUAGGCAGAGUCAUUUCCUGCCACACCAAGCAGUUCUAAGUUCGAAAGUGAUUUUUAUGAUUAUAAGAAAGUUGUUUCAGUUUCUAAGCAGGUUGCUUAAUCUAGUCAGUAGUUGACACUUUUUUUCAAUGAAUGUAUUGCACAGACAGCGACUCAUCGGGGUCAUCCGAUGCUGUUUUGAGUUAUGGUUGUAUCUUGGGUGAGUGACGUGAUAGUAGAGUUGUAUCUUGGUUGUGUUAGUAUAUUCAUAACGUUCUAGAGUUGUCGUUGUCGUAUCUUGGUAUUUUCAGCAUCUUGAUAGACAGGGUUUUAGGUGGUAGAGGUAGCAUCAUCAAUGAGCAUGAUAUAGUUGUUGUGUAAGAAAUAAAGAACGCAAGACAUGGUAUUUGAUUGUCAUUUGAAAAACAUGUUUCGGACUCGGGGGCGAUAGAGAGGGGGGUCAUGAAGAUGACAUAUUGGAAUAUUAUUAGAAGAUCAUUUUGAGUCGUUGAAAUAAAAUGAACGACUUUUAUGUAGUAACGAAGAAAGUCUAAGUCAACGUUUAUUUGACGAGCAUCAGAGGGCACCACUACCAAUAAAUGGACACGAAUUCUAUUCUUGUGCUAGCACAAACACUCACUUGUUACCGUUCAUGUUCACAUAAAAGGAUGUUUUAGACGACCAUAUAAUUCUGAAUUCGUGUUUUGAAAUUCGCUCUGUGAUGACGUGCUUCAAAAGCGCAUGCUACAAUUGAGUUUGGUUAGAUCACAGUGGGAGGCUUCCUUCGUCGGGCUCGCUUCACAUCUUCACUGUUAUGAAGAUAAUCUUUAUCAUACAAGAUGAUUCUGAUUAUCACACAAGAUGAUUCUGAUUGUUGUUGUCGUAUAUAAUGAUUUUUGUUGUGCAUAGUCAUGGUCCACCGAAAGACUUGAUUGCUCAAUGUUUUAGAGGAUCGUCGUCGAUGUCUGCUUUUUCUGAUUAUAGGGCUAAGGAAUACACCAGAAAUACUCAAUUAUUACAUACUUCACUUCUCAUAUUCAGGACGGACGACAAUCAAAUGUAUUUGGCACAUGAAGGAUCCCAGACAACAAGGAGUACUAUGGUUGUAUUGUACAAUGACGCGCAAGAAAAAAGGAAAUUGAAAAAAGUUAGGUGUAACUACAAAGCGAGGUAAGUGAGCUGCGAGCGCGAAGCGUGUGCGGCGAUAGUGUCGUACUGCGCGAACAUAAUAGUAAUAACAACUACAACCACAAAGCCUGGAACAAACUUCGGCAUGAAAAAGGUCAAGAGGACCGUGCCAAGCGACAGA